CGCUCCGGGAGGAGAGGCGGGUAAAAUGUAAACACAGCUCCUUCACCAUGGAGACUUCUUUUAGUUGUUGCUCGCCAGACUUCACCCCUUCUUCCCCGGGAAACCGGAAACCUUCAGCAACCUGUGUAGUUUAGCGGAGUGCUGGCCCUGCUGUGAGCCUAACAGUCGGUUGCUAGGCGAAGCGGCCCGCGCGCCGGUGGCCGAACGUUGUGUUAGCUCGGGUAGCUAGCUGAUGCUAACCAGAGUCAGCAAGCAUUAGCAACCCUCACCGAUGUGAUUUAGCGCUGUAAAUGCUCUCGUUUACCGACCGCUGUGCCCUCAUGCAACUCCAUGGAGAGCUACACGGAGUUUGUGCAGCUUCGUCUCUCUAAACUGCAGAAAGAUGAGGAAGAAGAGGAGGAACGCCGCAGAAAUUCACCAGCAUCCUCCCUGAUUCUCUUCUAUGGACGACCCAUCCUUCCUCCUCUGCUCUCAGGGAAACAAAGAGAAGAGAUGAGGCGACACAGAGAUGAAGCACAGAGAGCUGCAGCCAACCAGAAGCUCCAGGAUGACCCCAGAAUGGCCUACAUCCAGACUAUCCUGCACAGUGUUCAGCUGAGAAAGACGCCAACGCUGCAGGAGUUACUCGAAGAAACGGAGAUCAAGGCCGAAUCUCCGCACCCACACGACACCAGCAGGUUCUCCGCGUCCUGCGGCGGCGCUCCUGUCGGAACCACGGAGAGCCUCUCACCGGUGCCUGUCGGGAAAUCAAAGAACGCCAUCUUUCUCCCUCCAAAGACCUCCACGACGUGCCGUGCCUUUUCCCCCUCAGCUGAGUCGCCUCAGCGAAGUUACUGCGAAUCUUACCUCGUCGACCAGCUGGACAGCCGACCAGGAGGCCAGCCAUGCUUGUCUAACGCUGCGGGCCACCGGUCGCCUUCCUCCGGCUGUGUGACCCGGGAGAACCAGGAAAACGCCAGCUUUUACCUUCACAACACCUCGCACACUAUUUCCACGAUGCCUGAUAUUAUCAGCCACCCUCCCAUAGAUGGAGAGGAACUGGAGAGGACUGGAGUGGAGUCGCCGUUUUGCAUAAGCAUAAUGGGAGCGGAAGGCGUCUGCAGUGCGUCGUUUCACAGCGACUCAGUGAUGUGUGACCCUUUAAGAGCCGAACAGCCUGAACGCAGUCACCCACGCAGUCUGAACAAAGAGGUCAACGUCCCCUUUACAGCAACACCGGACCAUGCCAGCAGGAGCAGCGCGGAAAGAAAUGACGGAUCGCUCGCUUUGUCCGACGGAGACGGGCCGUCAGACAGUCCAGAUUUAGAGCGGUCGUUAAAUCUGACAAAAGAGGUCCACGGUCAGAAAAUUCCCAGCAAGGCAGAAGUAGAGGCUGCAGACAGUCAGAUUGAUGUAGAGGACUUAAAGCACCCCGAUGAUUCUCGUCCUCUAAGCCUGCAGGUCUUGCUGAAGAAGUCCCAGGAGUACCGGCGGCGCCAGCGGAUGCUGAGGAACCAAGCCAAAAGCACUAAAACCCACCAGGAGCAGCCGAGGGCCCGGGCGGAGGAGCCGAGCCUCUCCGAUAAGGAGAACGAUGAGUUACAUCACCAGGGCGCCGUGACUGGAGAGGGCAGGAAGACCAAAGAAAGGAGAGGCUCUCUCAUCCAGUCUGAGGACCCCGCGCCUCAGAAACCCUGGGAGGCCGACCCGAUUCAGGGCCGAGAUAGAAAUGUAGCAGAAGACGGGAGGACAGCGGAGCGUCUCAGUGUUGAAGAGGAAACCUCCUUAAAAAACAGGAUUAACAGCUCUCAAGAGGGCCUGACUUCUCCUAAACAGAUGGGCGUUCUGAUCCAGCAGCAGCCGCUGUCAGCGAAGACCUCCCCCGUCCGAGGAGCGCUCUAUGACGCCCCCUGUCUUUCGUCCCUUCGCGGAGGAGUUGGGAAACACCGCUCGGUUCCGGUCCCAAGCCUCUGCCUGAGUCCCGUUCCCUGCAAAAGCAAAGCAGCCGCAAUCAGAGUUGAGGACCUGAGCCCAGAGCGUGAACGGAGCUCCGCCGUGGAGCUCACACGUGAAGACGACGCCGCAAGCGUGUUCGCCAAAAGCUCGCAGCACAUCGACCAGCUGGAGUCCAACCUGUGCAGUCUGAAGGCGCUGAUCUCAGAUCUGGAGUCCACGGUGAAGGGGAACCUGGACGGUCUAGCUGACAGCAGCGUGCACAGCCAGGAGAGCAGCAAGGACUCUGAGGAAACCGAGGCGGCUGGUCAGGAUGGUUCCUCUGGCUCUUUGGAGGACGCUCCGGCUGCUGCUGCUGCUGAUGGCAGUCAGGUAGAAGACUUGCAGCAAAGACAAUCGUUCAUUCAGUUUAAGAACAUGGACGAAGACGUGGGACCUGAACCUAGAACACGUCGCAGAGAGGAUGUUUCCCUCACAGCACAGGACAGAGGGUCUGAGAUCAUUAAACUAAGCAAACAGAGUCUGUUGACGGCCUCAAAAAGAGAGAAUGGAAACCAGAUGAGUGCUGAAGGAGGGAGCAGCAAAAAGGAGCAGCUGCCCUCUAAAGGUAUCCUGUCUUUCCGAAACGUUGCCUCCAAAAACGUCCCUCAGUGCCACAUUUCACUUCGGAGUCAUCUCAAGGACAGAGAGGGAAAUAUGACGCCCGAGGCUGAGGGCCCCGUCCCCUCGCCGUCCCUCAAUCAGUCAUAUGAUGUGGACACGCCGUCGGACCUCUGGUUCCAGGAAGGAUCGGGAUCCGACGCCGGCUCACGAGGCAGCCGUGCUCAGGGGAAACAUCUGACUCCAGGGAGCGGGGGCGAGGAUCAGGUGGGCGUGUCUAAAGUCAAACGCAGGCUGCUCAUGCAUGUGACCGAGGGGAGCCUGGAGAGGGACGAGGGCACGGCCUCCGUGGUCAGGGCUGACCCAGGCACUCCAAAAGCUGCUGUGCGUUGGUCUGAAGGCUGCAGCGUUCAAAGGCAGGAGCGGCUGAAGCAGGUCCAUGCAGCUCAGGUCAGAGCGCUGCAGGAGGCGCACAGGAAGCAGCAAGAAGAACUUCUACAGGUGUUGGCAGCACGCUACCGUCUCCUGCAGGACGCGUCUCCCUGCUCCACAACAGGCUCUCGGUUCGGGGACACGUUGACCUUCUCCAGCCUCUCCCAGCCUCCGAGCCCGCUCUCGCAGCGCUGCCGCCCCCUGCUGGCUGCAGCCGUGAAGGGUUUUCUAACUCGCAGGCUGCUGAGGACGGAGAGAGUCGCCCAGCUGGUGCGCACCAUCAGGGACACGCAGCAGUUCCUGCAGGCCUUCCAGCAGAGGGGCACCGGCAGAGGAGAGCGCUGGAGCAGGCAGGAUGUAUUAUUGCAGGAGAGAGUUGCUCUGCAGCUGCGCGCCGCCCGUUACGAGGUUUACGACAUAUUCUUUAGUCUGUCAGCCAGAGAGCAGACGCAGCUGAUCAGACGGGACAGGGAGCUGGCCGGGGAGAGACGUCUGCGGCGGCAGAACGGACCUGCAGGUGACCACCGAGGAAAGAGUUCUCUGUCAGCUGCGACGCAGAAAUCCCUGGAGAGGAAGCGAGAAAGGAUGAUUCAGAAAAGGACCGCAGAAUGUCACGGGGGAGCUGUGGUGCGGACCGGCCAAAAGUCUAGAUUCUCAGCCGAGAAACCACCGGAGACAAAACGAGGACAGUUUAAAGCGAAUCCUCAGAGAGUUCCCAAAAGCGUUUCCUCGUCUAGACCUCGAUGACACUUUGCUAAUUGGCCCCAGUGAGGAUUCUCCUAACCGGGCCCUUAGCCAGCUGAAGGAAUGGUGUAUAAUAAACCUUUCAGAUGCAAAAACCUAAAUGGAUCCUGUUGCUGACUGCCCCCAGGAGAUAUAUAGAGAUGCUGUUUCAGUAUGACUGAUUUUCAUCUAAUCUGCUCCUUGUAAUGUUCAGAGUUUUCAGCAGAGGAAUUGUUGCUCAUCACAGCUGAAUGUUCUCAAGAACUGAAAGGAAACGCAACCUGUUUAGGAGAUCCACUAAUUCAUGGCUCAUUUGGAGACUUAAUGAGACAUUUUCUUCUCAUCUCGGCUGAAUUCUCACAUCUUCAGGAGGACCUUAGCAUGAAUUCUGUCCCCCAAAGGGGAGUGUUACUCAGGCGUGGUGGUAGUGAUUGCACCUGUGCUAAAAAUAGUUGUGUUAUGUAGCAUCCACCAAAGUCAAGUAUGGAGGGCCAAAAGUGCCAUAUAAAAAGGAUUACUCACAAUUGUAUAAAUGUCAGUAAAUGUGAUGAAUAUUUUAAUUGGAAAUUAUUACAAUUUAAAGCUGUCUUUUUCAAAUGAGUGUGUAAAUGCCUCACUAUUUUUAUGAUUCUAGUGCUGCAGUGCAGUCAUUUAAACUAUUGCACCGACUUUUUUAAACCGACUUUGAUAUCUGAAUGAGUGAUCUGCAUGCCAAGUCCAUGUUAAGACCAAUCGUCUUGACCGGAGCAGUGUUUGCCCUGCCCAGUACCUUUUUAUGGGUAAGGCUGACAGAUUUAAUAAUUUCAUGAUACACUGUAGCAUAGGACCAUGAAACAUGAAAAUUUAAUUUUGAAUAAUUAAUGACAUUUAGAUAAUUGUUGUUAUAUUUAUUCAAAUUGUUGAGCUAUUGGCCUUACAUGUAUAUAGCACAGUUAGGCUCCUUUUUAACUUUUGCAUAUAUUCUGUUCUCAAACAUACUCGAGUUUUAGCUUUUGUUGGCAUUAAUACUCAGAACUGUUUGUUGCCUUAAGAUUUUGUCACGUUUUAUAAUUACACGUUUGCCAAAACGUGUUGACUUUUACAUAUUUGUGUACAAAAUGCUCAGUGUGUGUGUUAUUUAUUUUGUUUGUUCGGUAAUAAAGGAUUUUCUCGUUU